AUGAACAGCGACGGAGCAACUAAUGAAGGAGGCUUUAACGAAAGGAUUAAUAAUGUGAAACAUUUGUUUUGUAACAACCAAGAAGAAAUUAAAAAAGUAAAUGAAAUUAUUGAGGAGGCGGAUAAAGUAUUGUACAGUUUUGCCGUAAGUAAUGACGGCUACAGCAAAUAUAGUUCCCUGGACAAGGAAUCUCACUUGUAUUUUAAAAAAGUUAACAAUGUAGACGUAGGAAAACUGACCCUUGUCUUCCACGACGCCACCAAACUCGAAAAGUUAAUAGACAUAAUAUGGGACGAAAAUGGAACCAAAAAAUUUGAUUCACAUUUUAUAGAAGGCAAAAUUCUGCGCGUGUAUAAUGAAGACCUAAUCCUACUGCAACAGAGCUAUAAGGGCACACUAGGAAACGAGGGCAGAUACUUUUACAUUCUUGCGCACAAAAAAAAAGUAAACAAGGAUACCUACCUAAUUGCGUGCGCUUCGAUAAACGUUAACGAUCAUAAAAAAAAUCAAAGCACGUUCACAAAUCCUUUUAUCAAUAGUGCCAACUCCUUUUCACUGGACAUCGAAUGUGAUGAAAAAAUUAAAAACUCCUCGUUACGAAAAAUGUUUAUUAAUGUGUCUGGGUAUUAUAUAAGGAGGGAAAGCGGCUGCCUGAAUUUUACCUACAUUUCUUCGAUCGAACUUGAUACGUCCCCUUUGAUUCCGCAAUUUAUCAUACGAAAAAUUAAAGCAAGUAAAAUGGCCCUACUGAAAAUAUUAAAAAAUCACCUCUGA